CCGAAACUCACCUGCCUUGAAAACAGCUCAGGGUUUGUUUGGGUCAUGUUAGGAGGGCUCCAAGACCUUCUACUGCUCUCGGGGGUCCUGACCCUGACCGAGACCUGGGCCGGCCCGACCUCAGACCCGGGACGCGCUUCCUUCCCACCCCCGGGCACUCACAGCCUGAGAAUUCUCACCACCGCCCUAUACGGCCCGGGCCGCGGGAAGAACCGCUACCUCGGCGCUGGCUACGUGGACGACACCGAGAUGGUGCGGUACGACAGUGACGCCAAGGGUCCCAGGCUGAAGCUGGCAGCCGCGGGGCUGGAGAAGCUGUGGAUGGAGUGGCGGCGGGGGGAGGCGGAGGAUCGACAGUUUGGGGACGACUACAUGCUCAAAAUCCAGCACUACGAACAGAUGAGCAGAGGGAACCUGAACAAGCUGCGCGCCCACUACAACCAGAGCGAGGACGGGUCUCACACCCUCCAGGAGCUGAGUGGCUGCGUGGUGGGGUCUGACCGACGCUUCCUCCGCGGGUACAAUCACUUCGCCUACGACGGCGCCGACUAUAUCUCCCUGAACGAGGACCUGCGCUCCUGGACCUCUGCCGCGGGGGUCAUCUGGAGCAACUUGGUGCAGGUCCCUGAUGUGGAACGAAGGAGAGCCUACCUGCAGGAAAAGUGCGUGCGCUGGCUCCGCCUGAUCCUGGAGAAGGGGAGGGAGACUCUGCUCCGAGCAGACCCUCCAAAGACUUACGUGACCCUCCACCCCAUCUCUGACCAUGAGGUCACCCUGAGGUGCUGGGCUCUGGGCUUCUACCCUGCGGACAUCACCCUGACCUGGCAGCGUGAAGGGGAGGACCUGACCCAGGACAUGGAGCUGGUGGAGACCAGGCCUGCAGGGGAUGGGACCUUCCAGAAGUGGGCAGCUCUGACUGUGUCCCCUGGAGAGGAGCAGAGAUACACGUGUCGUGUGCAGCACCAAGGGCUGCCUGAGCCCCUGACCCUGAGAUGGGAACCCCCACCUCAGAACACCAUCACCAUCAUGGGCAUCGCUGCUGCCCUGGGUCUCCUUGGAGCUGUGGUCACUGGAGCUGUGCUGUGGAGGAGGAAGAGCUCAGGCAGAGGCAGGAAGAGCUACACUAAGACUGCCUGCAGUGACCAUACCCAGGGCUCUGAUGUGUCUCUCACAGCUCCUGACGUGUGACAGAGCUGCCAUGUCUGGGACUUGGUGGUAAAACAGUCACUGCAGCCUCCCCUUGGGACUUUAAGGAUCCCUGACUGCUGUUUCUGCAACCAGCAUUGGAAUGUGUCUGUGUUCUUAUCAGCACCAGUGAGGAGCUGGUCAUCAGGCCACCCUCCCCACAAAGAUCUGCGUCCUCUCCCUUGGGGACUAUCCUGUUAGCAGAGUUGGGGUGAGGCCACGCCAUCCUUAUUAUUCCUUGGCUGGAUGAUCUUUGUUGCUCCUUUCUCCUUGCUGCUUCAGGAGAACCUUGUCCCACCAGGACCUGGGAUCUCAGGGACAUGAGCGUCACCUGGGCCUUGUUGUGGCUCCAGGACUGUGCUCAGUGAGGGCUUCCUGCGGCCACGUCAGCCUGGGCUCAGGCCUGGGUCUGGUCCUCAGCCUGUAUCUAUUUGCUAUUUCUUUUUUAUUGUAGAUACUGUAACUAUUGUAUUUAAAAAUAAAGUGAUGGGAGUAUUUAUAUUAAA